CACCGACCCCACCGCUCCAUACGCAGCUCUCCGCUUCUUACACCCAUUCAGCUCGAUUUCGCCUCGUUGUCCGAAGAUGACCGUGACUAUUGCGGGCCAUCCACGAUCCUAACUUCCUCCAACCGCAGAGAGUAGAUUCGGAGCAGAGCAAACCGACUGCUGAAGAGACAACGAUUUACAUGAUAUCUGCCUAAAUCUGUCUCUCAUCCACCAACACUUUCCUGCUUUCGGUGUCUCAAGGCAGGUCUAGACGGGAUAUUGUGGAAGUAAUUUCAUACUAGGAUUGUUUUUCGCUGUAUUCGGUGAAGAUGGAUAAUAUCAACGUGGAGUCGGUGGAGAAAGAGUGCGGAGCGCUUGGCGGAUUAUUCCAGGCGAUUGUCAAUGAUAUGAAGUGUUCAUAUCCUGUCUGGGAAGACUUCACUGCCAAGGCCACCAAGCUGCACUCUCAACUCCGAACCACCGUGUUAGCAGCAGUGGCCUUUUUGGAUGCCUUUCAAAAGGUGGCGGACAUGGCAACCAACACAAGAGGUGCCACCCGAGACAUUGGAUCGGCGCUGACCCGAAUGUGUAUGAGGCAUCGCAGCAUUGAGGCUAAACUACGGUAUUUUACUAAUGCUUUGAUGGAAAGCCUGAUCACUCCUCUACAGGACCGCAUUGAAGACUGGAAAAAGACAGCCAAUCAACUGGACAAGGAUCAUGCCAAAGAAUACAAACGGUCUCGUCAUGAAAUUAAGAAGAAAUCUUCAGACACAAUUAAAUUGCAGAAGAAAGCCAGGAAAGGACGGGGAGACCUUCAGCCUCAGCUGGACAGUGCGAUGCAGGAUGUGAAUGACAUGUACCUGCUGAUGGAGGAGACAGAGAAGCAGGCGGUGCGGCGCGCCCUAGUGGAGGAGAGAGGACGCUUCUGUACCUUCAUCAGCUUCCUGCAGCCUGUAGUGAAUGGAGAGAUUGCCAUGUUGGGAGAGAUCACUCAUCUCCAGGCCAUUAUUGAUGACCUCACUGUGCUGACCUCUGAUCCCCACAAGCUGCCCCCAGCCAGCGAGCAGGUAAUAAAAGAUCUUAAGGGGUCAGAUUACUCUUGGUCCUACCAGACUCCCCCCUCCUCUCCCAGCAGCUCCGGUUCCAGGAAAAGCAGCAUGUGCAGCAGUGUAAACAGUGCCCACAGUAGUGCCUCUCGAUCCUCUGGUGGCUCUCAGACUCACUCACCUAGUUCGUCCUGUCGCUACCGCAGCCUGGCCCAGCCGCUAACAACUGUCGCACACCGUCUCAGCAGCGUCUCCUCCCACGACUCUGGCUUCAUUUCCCAGGAUGCUAAUGUUUACUCCAAACCCCCAUCACCCAUGCCUUCUGAUAUUACCAGCCAGAAGUCAUCAAGUUCUGCAUCCUCCGAAGCAUCUGAGACAUGUCAGUCAGUUAGUGAGUGUAGCUCUCCUACUACAGAUUGGUCCAAAGUAGGUUCCAAUGAACAACCAUUGGCCAGCACACUUCAGAGGAGGAAAGAGCCUUUGGAUAGGCUGAGGGAGGCAGAAAGCUCUCCUCAGUCCCAGGGCUAUUCUGGGAUGCAUUUGGAAGAUCCCCAGAGGCCAAGGAUGACCCCGGCGACCAUAGCAGCCAAGCAUGGUGAGGAGGUCUCCCCAGCUGCUAGUGACCUAGCCAUGGUGCUGACACGAGGCCUCAGCAUGGAGCAGCAAAAGAGCAGCCGAGACUCCCUUCAGUACUCUAGUGGAUACAGCACUCAGACGACCACACCAUCCUGCUCAGAAGACACUAUCCCCUCACAAGGCUCCGAUUAUGAUGGCUACUCAGUGAACGGAGACACUGAGGCCGAUGGCCAGGCUGAAUUUGAUAAAUCCUCCACAAUUCCCCGUCACAGCAAUAUCGCCCAGAACUACCGCCGAAUGAUACAGACUAAACGACCUGCUAGCACAGCGGGCCUGCCCUGCGGAGUCGGCGCUAUGGGUGGACCACCUGGUGGAGGUGGUGGGGGUGGUAUGCCUGGCACUGCCACUAUCCGCCGAACACCAUCUACCAAGCCUGGGGUUAGACGCACACUCUCCAACGCUGGCCCCAUUCCUAUACGCCCACCCAUUGUGCCAGUUAAGACCCCCACUGUGCCUGACUCGACCGGCGGAUACACAGGCCUUCCCGCCCGUGUGGGCAGCGAAGAAUGUGUCUUUUAUGUGCCGGAUGACGCCUCCACAGGUGCGCUGGAAUACGUGAAGGCCUCUCCGAAGCGCUUGAGCCUGCCUAACACAGCUUGGGCCGCGGGGGGUGUGGGUGGUUUAGAGAUGAGCGUUUAUGGCCAAACAGGGGAAGAAGACCAUGUAUUGGCUGCCAAUCGCCACAGCCUGGUGGAGAAGAUCGGGGAGCUGGUGGCCAGCGCUCAUGCCUUAGGGGAGGGCCAGUUCCCUUUUCCAACUCUUCCAAAUCAUCCCCCACCAGGCCCUGAGUCCGAGUCUGACCCACAAGUGCCCCAGGAGGGUGUGGACAUGCUGGUCUCCAUUCGACGAGGGGUGCGACUGCGGAAAACCAUCUCCAACGAUCGUUCCGCACCACGGAUUCUGUAAUGGCUUCUGGAGAGAUGGAAGAAUUAGACCGAAGUAACCCAGAAAAAUACUUCACAUUGACUCUUUAGAAAAUGAGCUAUGAAAAGAAGAUAAUGAUAUAAUGUAAUGUUUAAAGUCAUUAGAGAAAAUACAAUGAAUAACAAUAAUGAAAAAAGUAAAUGAUAUGUAACAACAGGCUCAGGCCACUAUAACUCGUAGCGUGUCUGAACGCAUGUUUGUCUUAUUAACACGCCCAUCACCACAGGAUGGUUGAACUGUAGUGAGACAAUUAACUACUGAAAGAACAAGGGACCAGGAUGCUGGGGGAUUUUUGUGGUCCCCUCUAAUCUCAAUGGUCCCCAUAAAAUAACAGCCCUCCCCAAACUUUGGACCCCAGGAAUCUGUGCUGGAGAAGCUCCCUCAAAUUCAGGGGUAUGCAGGGGCUCUUUAAAAAUCUUUGCCCUCCACAAUGCUCUUUAACCCCGCCCUCACCUCCAGUAAAUUUGGCAUCACAUCCUGAAAGUAAUAGUGGCAUUACGCGUUGGUCUUUGGCUCAGUCUGCACUGCUGUUAGUUAGGCUGGAGGUGAGCAGGGCUGUGCUGCAGGUCAGCUUGUGGUUGCGUAGAGGGACAGGAUUUAUCUUUUGUUUGUACACUUCUGUUGUCUUGGUUGUCUUAUUUACGAGCAGUUAAUCACUCUCCUAGCUCUUAGGAGUAAAACAUGUUUAUGUCAGGUGUAUGAAUUUUUGUAGAAUUAAGGUGAAAAACCACCAUGAUAAUGUUGAGCAAUAAUGCUUUUUCCCUUUUUUUCUUUAACAGGGGAAGGUUUUGAAGAUCAGCUUUUAAUAAAGCUGUACAUUUUCAAUGUUUCAGGUGUCUUCAGAGAAGCGUAUGCUUUUGUAGACUGUAAGACUUCUUGUCAAGUCUAAUUAUGGCUCAUUUAAAGGUGCACUCAGUAAAAUGUGUGUUAAAGAAUUAUUCUGGGUUCAAUACAAGUUGAGGUCAAUCGACAGCACUUGUGGCACACCACCAAAAAUUAUUUCAACUCACCCCUCUUUUUAGCAAAAAUAGAGGUUACAGUGAAGCGCUUACAAUUGAAGUCAAUGGGACAAAUUGUUUUGGAGGGUUUAAAGGCAGAAAUGUGAAGCUUAUAAUUUUAUAAAGGCGCUUACAUUAAUCCUUCUGUUAAACAGUGUAUUAUUUGAUCUAUAAAGUUGUUUAAAUCAUUGUUUUUACAGUAAUUAUAGGAUUUACUGCAAGACAUCAUGUCAACGGAAUUGUAAAAUUGGCUGUAACUUUACACAGAAAAGGUUAGUAAGUGAUUUUAUCAAACUAAAAUCAUGUUAACACAUAUUGUUUAUGUCUUGUAGCUAUACUUUUGAAACAGUGAGUAUUUUAAUGUUUACAGAUUGCCCCAUUCACUUCCAUUGUAAGUGCCUCACUGUAACUCGAUUUUUGCUACUUUUUUUUCUUUUUUAAGAAAAGGAGGGGCAAGUCAAAAAUGUAUUUUUGUGGUGAUAAAUAUUAUGCCACAAAUACUGUCGGUUGAGCUUAACUUGUAAUGAACCCGGAACAUUCCUUUCAUGUUGUGCUGACUCCAAAAUUUGUGGUUACUGAUGUCAUUCGCAGUCAACCGUGAUUAAUUUAUUCUGUGAAAGCAGCUUGUUACUAGGGAUUAUGAGAUAAAGCAAAUAAUUUAGGCUGGUUGAAUGAUCUCAACACUGUGGCUUGAACACUAAUGAAUGUUUGCCCAGAACCAACACUUCUGAGAGUUUUCAUCUCAAGACAUUGUACAUCAAUUUAAAUAAAUAAAUACAAAAUACUGUUACUAUAUCUUUCUGUUCAGUAGUUUUGCAAAAAAAAAAAAAAAAAAAAAAAAUUACUGAGUGCACUUUUAAAAAUGAGGAGAGCACUUUUAAUGUGUAGUUUAAGGUUUUGACCACUAGUGGUCACUGUGGCCACACUGUGUGUGGUGAAUCCCGUGAGAAGGGGUGAUUGCAUGCCCUGAUGUAUAGGGACACGGAUGUGUACUGUAUAGCAAUGUAGGGAAACAAGAGAGAGACUGGAAGUGAAUCAGAUAUGGAUAUAUGAAUAAUGUUUUUGACAGAUAAUUGAUUGCUAAUUUAUAUUUUAUUUCCAAUUUGAGCUUCUAAAGUAUGAUAAUUUUUAGGGCAGAUUAUUUUCACCUGUUGCUAGUUAGCCUCAAAACACAGUCCCCCUGAAAUAGCUGUAGGAGGAUGAGAUAAUAUGAAGGCACAAACCUGGCUGCCAUUUUUGGGGAAAAAAAGAAGGAACUUUGGAAAUGCAGUGGGAAGUGGGGAUGAAAAAAGGAGGUAGAGAAUAUUGAUUUUGGACAAGAGGAGUCAUCCAGUUGUUUAUGAUAAAAGCAUUCCACUGCCUGUUGACAUAGGAAUACAUAACUAUGAAACAAAAGUUUCCUAGCAUCUUUAGAUUUACCACAGUACUGUCAACAGAAGGGUGAAUUCCUGAUGUGAAGAUAACAAUGCUCUGUGAUGAUACUGGAUGUGGAAGUGACAUAGGAGGUCAAAACAAAGUUUUAGUCAUGUUGUGUCUGUUGUGAGUGACUUUCUGUUCUCCCAAAACUCCUGAUAACCCCUGCAGUCAUUACUAGUGCUGUUCACAACAAACGAUAGACACUUACUCCUCAUUCUGACUUUUGGUUUGCUUUUGAAUUAUAUAUUUUGCAUAAAUAGAGCACUCUGUUUUAGGAAUGCCUGUGAUAAAAAAAAUAAGCAAAAGUAAAAAAGUGCCAAAAUGCUCUGGAAAUAGUGCUGUUCUUUAAAGCUGAACCCACACUGAAAGCAGACUGGAAUGAAAGAAUAAGGUUACGGUUUCAAUUUAAAUCAGCCAGCCAAUAAAAGAGCAGGUCAUGACUUUGUAUAUAUUCAUAUACAUGCAUAAUGUAAAAGAAGGUGAGCAUUAACUGUACAGGUAGCUUCACUACAAACAAAACAUGCCCACACAGAUAUCGUCUAGCAAUUGUGGUGAUGGAGGGGUGGGCAAGGAAUCAACUGAAAAUUGGCAGCAAUAUAAGGUUUCAAGCUAGAUACAAGAAAAGAAACACCAUAUCUCACAAUGAAACUACAUUUGCUGGUUUAUGUUUCAUGGCAUGCUUAAAGGGAUAGUUCACUGACAAAAUUGAAAAUGCUGUCAUUAUUUUAUGAUUGAUACCACCCUCAUGUUGUUCUAACCCAUAUUUCUUUCUUUCGUGGAACACAAAAUGUUAGGAUCAAAAUGUAUGUUCUGGAGAUGUUAGGCAGAAUGACAGCCUCAAGUCACCAUUUACUUUCAUUGUAUGGGAAAAAAGUAAUAAACAUUUUAAUGAAAGUGAAUGUGGACCAGUGUGGGGUGUAAUCUGAUAACAAUGUAAUUAAUUACUGUAAUUUAUUUACUUUUUAGUCAAAAAGGUACAGAUAAGAUUAUAUUUAAUUAAUAUUAAUGAAUGUAAUUUCUUAUAUUACUUGGAUUUCACAUAUUUUUUAAAUAAUAUAAUUAAUGUAUAAUACAUAAAUAUGAAUUCAUAUGCAAGUCUGUUUGCAUUUCUGUGACACCUAAAGAGUGAGAAUGAACAGAGGAAAUAAACACAUUAUUUUGAAUUUGUUGAGCAGAAAAACAUAAACGGUUAUGAAGUGUUUUAGGAAGUAACUUAAAAGUAAAGUAACUCGUUUUGUGAUUACUUUUCUGAUGAAUUAAUCAGUAAAGUAUCUGAUUGUAAUUUGUAAUAUAAAAAAGUAAUUUGUAAUUUGAAGUGGAUUACUUUUUUGUGUAAUUUACCCAACACUGACAUGACAUACUAACGUACUACCUAACAUCUCCUUUUGUGUAAGAAAGAAAGUCCUAUGGGUUUGGAACAACACAAGGGUGAAUAAAUGAUGCCAGAGUUUUCAUUUUUGGGUGAACUGCAAUAAGAGAUCAAAAGAUACAGUUCUCAGAAGCUCAAUACAGAGAAUGAGGGAAGUACACAGAGUCUUGUAGACAGGAGGGAGAUGGAGGGUGAAGUAAAAUGAGCGAGAAGAAUGAGAUGAGUAAGAGAGAGAGAAAGACAAGGCCAGUGGAGAAUAAUUGGUGAAAGAAAUUAUGUAGAGAAGAGGUGAGGAGGAAAAAAGAAAAAGGGCCUGAUUGCAGGUAGUUGGCUUACUGUUGUCCCUUUAUUUUAACGUCAGUCUCAGUGGGUUUCUGCUACAGAGGUCAUGAAGCAGCAUGACAGUUAAAAGCCCCUCAAGAGGAAACCAGGGAAAGGAAAAUAAAAGAAUUUCAGCCUUCAGUGUUUGAAUAUCCACGCACUGCAGUAUUGUGUGAUUAUACACACAUUUUCUCUUUGUUUUGUAGUCGUGUUUAAGAUUACUUAUGUCAUUCAUCAUCUGCUGAACGUCAAUCAUAUGCUCAUUAUAAGUCAGCACUCAUAUGCAAGACCUCAUAAUUAAGCUGUGAAAAUUAGAUUUUUGUGAUUUUUCCCCACUGGCCUAUUAUCUUACACCUGAAGUUUAUAACGCUCAGGAUUAACAGAUUGUCCCUAGUCCAGAGCAUACCUCUUUAACACAUUGGCAUGGUUAUUUUAGAUAAUGCCAAGGUGGAAAAAGUGGUUUAGAAAUUAUGAAGGCAAUGUUUUGACUAACAUGGUCUUACAACUGCUGGUUCCAGGAUGAACAGGUAGCAAGUAACACAUAGGAGAAUUUUUCAAAAUGAAACAAGUGGCUUUAGUUCUGCCUUUAUAUAUAAUUUGUUGGUAAGCCAAAAAAGAAGUGAAUUGGAUAACCUUGGUUAUUAAUAUUCAAGGAUUUUUCUGGGAUCAAGACAAGUUAAAUUCAGUUAUUUAACUUGCAUUUGUGGCAUAAUAUUGAUUGCCACAAAACAAAAAAAAGAUGUAAUAAUCAUUGUUAUAGUAACAAUGGAAAUGAAUGGAGCCAGUACAUGAACAUUAAAUAUAUAGCCUACUGUUUCAAAAGUAUUCACUUAUGUUUUCCUCUUUUGUAAGUCGCUUUGGAUAAAAGCGUCUACCAAAUGAAUAAAUGUAAAAGUAUUGCCACAAGAUGUAAACAUUAUACAUGUUUACAUGAUUUAAGUGUGAUAAAGUCAAGGGUUCAGAGGCGUUAAAGUUUACCAGAUUGCAUUGUUUACUGGCGUUACGUCACCAUAACAACAAGGUUGUAAUCCAUCCAUCCAUCCAUCGUCAACCGCUUAUCCUGUGUACAGGGUCGCGGGGGGCUGGAGCCCAUCCCAGCUAACAUUGGGCGAAAGGCGGGGACACCCUGGACAGGUCGCCAGUCCAUCGCAGCAAGGUUGUAAUAUUGGAUAUAAUUUUACACAGAUGGUUUGUUAUUGAUUUUGACACUGAAAUCAUGUUACCAUGUGUUAUGUUUAACUAUUAUCCCUAUACUUUACAAACAGUGUGUAUUUUAAUAUUUAUGGACAAGUAAAAUAUAUAUAUAUAUUUUUGUGGUUGUCAAUGUUAUGCCACAAAUACUGUCUAUUGAGCUUAACUUAAACUUGGAACUUUAUUUUAUGUGUCAAUUGACCAAAUAAUAUGGAGAGUUAGCGCACAAUCAUAAGUGUAAUGUCGGCCUUAUGCAACUUUUAUGCCUUUUUGGCAAUUGUCUAACCCCAAUCCUAUUCCAGAGGCAAAACAAUGCCUCCACUAUAGCCUUUCCUCUGCCACCCUGUUUAAUUGUAUUUCACAUCUCUUAAGAUGACUAGAAAAUGCAUGAUCAUUUGGGGUGGGUGACAGAGGAAUAAAAUGCUAAUUUUGGCCUUUUCCUCACCCACUCACCCUGAACGGAACCUGUCUCCCACGCUUAGUUCAGCCACGACACCGCAAGUUCCCCCUCACUGUCAUCUCAGUCAUGUGCUCAUGGAGGAAGGGCUUUGUAAACUGGUGUCAUGGAAACUGAGCUAUAUCCUACACUAUCAGCCUUUCUCUCGAAGCAUGUCUCCCGCAGUUCAAACAACCUCACAGCAUACCCCAAACAGCAGGCUCUAGAGCCCAACACUUAGCCAGUGUAAUGGAUUAUGUUUCUUAAUUUGAUUUUUUUUGUGUAAAAGAUAUGAUAUGUGCAUUUGUGUUUUGUACAACCCCCAUCCUUCCUCCUCUGACUGAAUUGAGUAAUGUUACAGGUGCUGUUGUCUCUGUCCUCCUUUCUCUUUCUCUCUUACUCUCCUGCUUUAAUUUAUUGUGCUGUUUUCUUAAGGCUAAUUUGCCACUCUUGCUGAUAACAUCAGUUCUUUUUUGGUAAUAUUUAUCCUUCUAUUUUUUGUUAAGUUUAGUCACAGCUAAUGUAACAAAACACACUGUGAUGAUUCCAGUAUUAAUAAAAG